AUGAGCCGAUUAGGUGGCUGGCUCCGCGCCAAUGUCAAGAACGACUCCAAGGGCGAUGCGGCAAUCGCAACAGCCGAGAAGGAGCGCCGCCAAUGCGUCGAGGCCAUGUCCCAAGCCCAACUCAUCAUGAACGAUGAUGUUGAUGGCGCCUACGAGGCCCUGAAGCAGGGCGACUCCUCCUUCCACCGUCUGGGAACGUCAGUCUCGUAUUUUAUGCGCUCCGUCCUGGGGAUGGAGAGACAAGUCAUGGACGAGGCUAUGGCACUUCUCAAUGAUUGCGAGGCACGUGCCUGGGAUGACGUGAAGGCCGCCGAGAAGAGAGGGCCCCGCGGGAACUCGAUCUACCCGGCUGGCACAGAGUAUGACCUCAUUCGUGCCGAGUCGCAGCUUAUGGGAGCUGUUGUGGGCGUGCUACACGAGAGCCUGGUCGAAGCCAUGAAGAGCUUUUACAAGCUGCGCAAGGCCUUCAUCACGCUUGAUACCAUCAUCGCCAUUGAGGCGCGCGUGCUGGGAGAGGCGUCUACAGCUGAGACGCCCGUCGCCAACGGGACUGCGGCCAAUGGCACUUCCGGCGGUGAAAGCAACGGCACUUCCAUCAAGACUACGGACGGCGACGCCGCUUCCGAGGUGGUGGUCGACUAUGCGUCCUCUGGAAUUCAGACUCCGUCUGAGAAGAAGACACUCAAUGGGACAGUGACAACCACGGAGAGGGCAGACAAGAAGAACCCGACCCUGACCGACCCGGUAGACGUCUUCAUUCACUCGGGCGCCAACAUGUGCUUUGGCAUCCUGAUGCUGAUCCUGACACUGGUACCGCCCUCCUUCGCCCGUGUACUAUCUGUGGUGGGCUAUCGUGGCGACCGGGACCGCGGCGUGCGGCUUCUAUGGAGGUCCUCGAAAAACGACAACAUAAAGGGCGCGAUAGCAGGAAUGGCCCUUCUGGGUUUUUACAAUGGUGUCCUCGGCACAGCGGACAUCCUCCCCCACGAGCGCGACUAUGAUGAGACGGCCGAGACGGUGGGACCGCCACACCAGAAAUGCGAAGAGCUCCUGGCUACGAUGCGUGAACGGUACCCUGCCUCCCAACUGUGGCAGAUUGAAGAAUCGCGCCGACUGUCGAGCAACCACAACCUCGAGGGGGCGAUUGAGAUUCUGCGCAGCAGCGGACCAGCAGCCAAGAUGAAGCAGAUUUCCUCCCUGGCAGACUUUGAGCUGGCUCUCGACGCCAUGUUCGUGCAGGACUGGGCCCUCAUGCGUGACACCUUCCUCCGCUGUGCUGAUACGAACGAUUGGAGCCCGGCACUGUACCACUUCAUGGCGGGGUGCGCGACUUUGGAACUGUACCGGGACGCCGUGCAGGCCGGUGACGACGACGAGGCGCGCAGGCAGAAGCGCACGGCCGAGGGCUACCUUCGCAAGGCGCCCACCAUGGCUGGAAAGAAGCGGUUCAUGGCCGGCAAACUCCCCUUUGACGUGUUCCUCGAGCGCAAGAUCCAACGCUGGGAGGCCCGUGCCUCAGAGCUGGGCGUUGAUCUUGCCGAUGCCGUCGGCGUCAGCCCCUCAAUGGAGGUGUGCUACAUAUGGAACGGGACCAAGCGUAUGGCUGACACGCACCUCGACAAAGCGGUGGGCACAAUGUCCUGGGAGAGGUUGACAUGCCGUGACGAUGUGGUGACCGUCAUCAAGGCUGAGCAGGAUGAGAUGGGUCUCUGGGCCGUAUGCAUGUCUGCUACCUUGAGGAGGAGGCGCAAACUGCAAGAAGCCAGGCGUGUCUUGCAGGACCAUGUCCUGGCGUACGAUAGAACCAUUUUCAAGGGACACAACAAGAACGACCACGUUCCCCCCUCGGCGACAUACGAGCUAGCAGCCAUCGCAUGGGAUGAGUGUUGCCAGCCCCCCCUUGAUGAUGAAGGUAACGACGACGUGGCCUACCGGAAACGAAAGCUGCAGGAGGUAGAAGAGCACUUGGAAAAGGUCAAGAAUUGGGAGUCAUACACACUCGACAUGCGGGUGGGCCUCAAAGUGCAGAGCGCACUCGAGACGGCAAAAUGGUUCAGGGGAAAGAUGGGCUGGACCGUAUAA